AGGGGUGGGCAGGCAGAGCCAGGCUCCUGAAGCUGGCAGGGGGCUUGAAAGGAGGUGCCAAGGAGUAAGGUUAAAGCACUAUCAGAGUUAAGGGCUGGGCACGGAGUUGUUCCGAUGUUCACGGAAGUGAAAGCGCGGGAGAGAGCACAGGGUGUGUGUGCAGAGGGUGUGUGCCCGGUGAGCCCCAUAGACGUGGCAGCUCAGGGUAGGGGCUGAGCUGGGGUGGCAGGCUCUCCUUUGCCCUGCCGGCCAGCAGUCCCGAGGGAGCCUUGCGCCGAGUGGACGAUGUACCAGGCUGACCGCUACCCAUGGCCUUCUCCCGCUGCGACCGGCUCAGCAGGGCAGGAACCCCAGCGGCAGUUCCCGGAGGUGCUGGGCGGGGCCCGGGAGCCCCCUCCAGGGGACGGGCUGCCCCUGCUCACCGCUAUCGUUGCUGUCUUUGUGCUGCUGGCAGUCUGUAUCGUGGUGGCCGUCCGCCUUGGGCCAAGACUACACCACGGCCAUGCGGCUCUCCCCACAGAACCACCAGCCCCAAAGCCGGAGGACGGCAUCUACCUCAUCCACUGGCGAGUGCUGGGCCCCCAGGACAGUCCUGAGGACGCCCAGCAGGGACCUCCGGUUCCUGGCUCCUGCCCUGUGCCAGAUGGGCCUAGGCUCAGCAUCGAUGAAGUCACAUAUCUUUAGGAGGGACAUUUUGGAAAGUUGGACUGACCUGG